AUCAGCAUGGCCGUAGAGCUGAUACACGCGACUUAAAUGAAAAUGGGACGCCUUGCGGUUAGAUCAUGAGUGGGUUGGAUUCAGCAAAACAUAGUAUGCAAACGGUAGCAUCACGAUUUGAAUUUCUUGUAGAAAGCAAAAUCAAAAAAGAAUUGCUAAAAUAUGUCUCAUAUCAGAUAUAUGAAAGAUUUAAAUAAUCUCACGCGUAUGGACGAAGCAAUUAAAGGACCUCUUCCUCGUUGGCAGAAAAAGUGCCUCGAAGCAUCAAAUUCCAGUACCAGUUCCAAUUUAAGUUUAAACACUUCUCGAAAAUUGGUAAAUGCUUCAAUUGCCAAUUCUAGUAUUGGAAAAACACCAACUAAACGGUCCGAACUCCGUUCCAAGAAAACGCCAUCAAAAGGAAUAAAAAAGUCACCUAGUCGUGCUACAACGCCAGCAAAAACACCAAGUGGAGGAGACAGAUUUAUUCCUUCGAGAUCGACAACUAAUUUCGAUUUAGGCUACUAUAAGUUGCAGCAGCAAUACGUAGAACAAGAUGUAGAAAAAGAAAGUAAUAUUAGUCCUUCUAAAAAAGAAAUGCAACGUCUUAUUGGAGAAAAUCUUCACGGCGGUGAUAUUAAUAAUAUGAGAGUUUUGUCUUAUCAAAACAAAGCUCCGGCACCACCUGAAGGAUAUCAGAACCCUUUAAGGGUAGUUUACAGUCAAUCAAAAACACCAGCUAGCGUUAAAGCUUCUACAAGAUACAUACCACAGGCACCUGAUCGCAUUUUAGAUGCUCCUGAAAUAGUCGACGACUACUAUUUAAAUUUAGUUGACUGGUCGCCAACCAAUAUUUUAGCUGUAGCAUUAGGCUCAACUGUUUAUUUAUGGAAUGCUGGUACGGGAACAAUCGAACAACUCUUUGAGUUGGAAGGUAAUGAUUACGUGUGUUCAGUGGCUUGGAUUCAACAAGGGCCAUAUUUGGCAGUUGGAACUACUUCAGGAAAUACUGAACUUUGGGACUGCAGCGAAAUGAAAAGAGCACGUAUAAUGAAUGGGCAUGCUGCGAGAGUUGGCUCAUUAGCUUGGAACCAUCACAUACUUACAAGUGGAUGCAGAGCUGGACAAAUAGUUCAUCACGAUGUAAGGGCACGAGAUCAUGUCGUUUCUACAAUAAAUGCACAUGCCCAAGAGAUAUGCGGCUUAAAGUGGUGUCCAGAUGGAAAAUAUUUGGCCAGUGGAGGUAAUGAUAAUAUGCUGCAAAUCUGGUCUGCCGUCGCUGGGCAACACCAUUUUCAUACGCAACCAGUGUUUUCGUUGAAUCAGCACCAGGCUGCAGUAAAGGCGCUUGCCUGGUGUCCGUGGCAAACUAAUAUUUUAGCAAGUGGUGGUGGUACAGCAGACAGAAUGAUACGAUUCUGGAAUUGUAAUACAGGUACCUGUAUAAACUCAGUGGACACAAAAUCUCAAGUAUGUUCUCUUCUAUGGUCGACAACGUAUAAGGAAAUAGUAUCUGGACAUGGUUAUGCUCAAAAUCAGUUGACUAUCUGGAAGUAUCCAUCAAUGAGUAAAGUAGCAGAAUUGACGGGGCACUCAAGUCGAGUGUUGCACUUGGCUAUGUCUCCGGAUGGUACAACGGUUUUAAGCGCGGGUGCAGAUGAAACUUUAAGACUGUGGAAAUGUUUUCAGCCGGAUCCUCAUAAAAAGAAAGAUAUUGGCGACGUAAAAUCUGUGGCUUCCAGGCUUAAACAAUCUAUUCGAUAAUAUUUGCAUUAAACUUCAUAUUAAAAGUUGUUGAUAUUAAUUGUAAAAUAUAGUGAUUCGUCUGUACAUCUACUUAUCUGAGUCAGAUUCUGUCAAUAACAGUUGUCCUGCAUGGAUGUUUAAAAUUUUUUUUUAAAUUAAAUAAGAUGUACUUGGUACAAAGAGAGGUAACCUUUACUCGACAAUUAACACUGUUUUCGAAUUUUUUGGCAUUUAAUUGCUAUUUUUUCGUUUUACAUUACCAGUUUCUUUCUUUAGAAACUAAACACACGGGUUUCGAAGGAAAAAUAAAAAAAUUUAACCCCUCGUAAGAGGAGAUUUUGUAGCACUAUUAAUUUGAGCUCGUUUUUGUAUUUGCUAUCAUUCUUUUCAUGGGACACGUACAUCAUUUCAUCCGUUCGAGAAGAAAUGGUCUAUUUCUCAAUUUGUAGACUUAGUAUACAGACUUUAAAUUUCCUCUAUAUGAUGUAUCAUCAUCUCCAUGUACACGUGUAAAUCUACGUAAAUUUAUACAUGUAAUCAGACGCGUCGGAACGAUUUUUUACAUUUGGUGGGCUCACCGAAAAUAUGUUCAAAAAUAGUCAUUUAAGAUAGGUAUUCGGUUUAUUUUAUUAUUAGGUUUAAUUUAAUUUUUGGGUGGGCUUAAGCCUACCUAGCCCACACGAACGCAACGCCCCUGCAUGUAAUUCCUCUGUAUUUUCACACGUGCUUUGUCGGAAAUUAAUACUUUGAAACAUUCAUACAAAUGCGAGUUUUUAAAAAAUAAAUAUUAGAAUACCUUAAGUGCAUUAGGAGAAAAGGAACGAUGUCUAUCUGCCGAUCUCUAGCAUUUCAUAGGAAAGCCAUGUUCGAAACGUACAUUAACAUUAGCAUUGGAAGAUCGUGAAAAACGAUACUUCAAACGUACACAAUUUAGCAUUUUUUACAACUUUUACAUCAAACUUUUUUUUCAAGUCGGUAUUUUUUAAAUAGUUGAUAUUCUACAGUUUUUACCUUCAUUAUUAUUUCACGAACACUUUGUUGAAACUGUUACAUUAAGUCCUUUCUGGCGUUUUAUCAUCCCAUAAAAUUAUAUUGUUGAGUAUAAAAUUAAUCCUAAAGGGUUUUAAUAUUUUCGCAAAAAUCUCUGAAAUAACACCACUCUCUGAUUUUUUCAUGUAGUCCAUUACAUUUUUAGCGAUUAUUGUGCAGAGAUCUGGCGAGUAAAUUUCAUCAUUUAUUUGCUGAAAAUACCGAAAUAAUGUGCUUCAACUAGAUAGGUUAACCUAGAAAAUCUCAUGUAUUGUCAAAUUUUCCUUAAGAAUUUCGAAAAAAAUGAUCAUUUAUUCUACAAAACCUUAAGAACUUAUGCGUUUUUCAAAAAAUAAAAUAUUUUCAUAAACAUGA